AUGGAGUUCCGCGCUACGCUAGUGCAUGUGGAUCGCGGUAAAAACCUAAGCAAAAUCGAGCUUUUGGGGCUUGCUCUAGGUCGUGGACGAAAGAGGUUGGAUUGGCUUCAAGCAGCAGCCUCAAAAAGUACCGGCAAAAUCGAGUCCACCAUUGUUCCAUGCCCCAACUAUUUAUACAGUGAGUACCUAGUAGAACUAUCCAUCGGGACUCCACCUCAACCCUUUCGAGCCCUUUUGUCCACCGGCACCGACCUCACAUGGAUCCAAUGCACGUCGUGCAAUAAGUGCUCCCUGAAGCCGACCCACUUCUUCAACCCGAAAAACUCCAAGUCAUACGACUUGUUGGAAUGCCCAAGCAAAGGACGACCACACGAUAAAUGCAUGUACAACCUGACGUACGCGGACAAUGGUUGGUCCAUCGGUGAGCUUGCCACCGAGACCUUCCAGUUCGAGGAAGGCUCGGACCCGAUUCCUAAGCUCGUGUUUGGAUGCGGGCUCAACAACAGUGGGGACCUCCUCGGCAGCUCGGGGGUCCUAGCCCUAGGACCCACAAGCCACUCUUUUGUCUCGCAGCUUGGCGUGACUGAAUUCUCCUACUGCAUGCCGCCGGCUGGCUUGAACGAGGAGGGCAUGCUCGAGAUGGGGCCCAGGGCCGGGGCCUUUGCCCGGGCGGACAUCCGCACCCCCACGACCCGACUCAUCGUGAACGCAUCCGACCCGACCCGACCAUACUACGGGGUCCCGCUCGAGGGGAUCGUCGUGGGCGGGGCGAACCCGGUGCAGGUCGACGGGUCAAGGCCCGCGAUCAUCAGCACUGGGACCACGCUGACGCUCCUCGAGAGGGGCGUGUUCGAGGACGUGAAACGGGAGUUUGCCCAUCAGAUCGAUCUCCCACAGGCCAAUGGGAGCAAAAUCGACCCGGGUCUCGAGCUAUGCUUCGAUGUCCAGGGCCGCCAGAAGAUACAGGUCCCAAAGGUGGUGCUGACGUUCGAGGGGGCCAAUGUGGAGCUGCCGCCGGAGAGCUACUUCGUGGUGGACAGUGGAGUCGGGUGCUUGGCCAUGGGGGCCGCCGAGGAGGGUGAGCCCACCAUCUUGGGCAAUUUUCAGCAGCAAAAUAUGUUGGUGGCUUAUGACAUAGCUAAGGGGAGGAUUUCCUUUAUGGCCACACAAUGUAAUGACAUAUUGUAG